GGGGGCUUUCGUUUCGAAGCAAACAGAUCAUCAGUGAAGAGCUGCUCUUCAACAGAUCGCCGUAAGAACUCGCCUGAUAUCUUCUUCCUUUACACGAAAGAAAGAAUUUCUCGCGAUGCAGGCUUGGGUAAAGCUCAAUAACACGAAGUUAGCAGUCAAGCUCAUCCGCAGCACCAUUGGGCGCCCGCCGAAUCAACGCAAGAUCAUCCAGGUCCUCGGGUUGAGAAAGCUCAACCAGGUUCGAAUUCAUGACGAUGGGCCGCGCGUGUGGGGAAUGCUAGAAAAAGUCAUUCAUUUGGUGAAGCUUGAGAGAAUAAGAGCAGUAGAUGCGCCAACGAUGCAGGCAGAGAAAGUUUAA